AUGGCAACUUCGGUGUUUGAGAAAGAUCGGGACCCGGGAUUUCAGGGCCGACCUACAUCUUCCGAACGAUACGAGGGCUCAUGCAAGUCCGCGUUACCGCUUCUGAGGUGGGACUUCGCGGUCGAUUUCACUGUCAAAGGCCAUCGAGACAGUCUUGACGCGGUCGUGAGGUUUUGCGAUUCCAAUCCUGCUUUCCAAUUCCCAGAUACCCCUGGUCUCACGCUUCCUAUACACCUGGACGACACGGGGAAGAUGGAACAAGGAUUGAAGCUUCACCACAUCGUUCUACGCAUGAUUCUCGUAGAGCAGUCGAGGUGGUAUAAAACCUUCGCUUUCGUUCAUGCCUCGCGAUUAAACUCCAAGGACUCGAUAGUAGCCUCCUUUGGCCCUGAUCGCGGCGUCCCACCUUGGCUGAUGCGCAAUCUCGGCCCGCGCCUAGUUCAGGUAUCCGACCUGGAUCAAGCUGUACCACGACUAUGUGACAGCGCUCUCGACCCGUCUGCAGCUUCAAGCCACCAAGGUCAGAGGGAGGGGCUUGACAACGACAUCGCCAUUGUUGGUAUGGCGUGUCAAGUGGCAGGGGCCAGCGACCUCGAAGAAUUCUAGAAAAUUAUAUGUUACGUGGCAAUCAAACUAGCCCUUAUAUGCCUAUAUACCGCAAAGCGUAAAUGUAGGCGUCUACGUUUUACGCGACACAUGAAUAAGAAGUUCAUAUGGCUGUACCUUGGGUAAAGGUUAAACGAAGUUACAAUCCAGUCCCCAUGAAAAUACCCCGCGCAACCGGCGAAUAACUACACCGAGACCGGCGGUGUUGCAAAGCGUCCCAACCACCAAGCUCCUUGCAGAGCAGUAGUGGUUUUGUUAGCCGCCAGUAAGAACCAAACUCCUCACAUCUUGGUGUUGAACAAAGUAUCCGUAAAUAUGCGCCCUAGUCAUUUCUAUUUCACGUUGGGGAGCUCUCAAGGGUAGAAUGUUGGAA